AUGCUCUGCCAGGGAAAUGUUUUGAGGGUCUCCACCUCCCAUGAACUGGGCAGCAUCAACAGCAGAGAAGGAGCUAGGCUCAAGCAAAGGGGAUGUGAUGAAAUCACUUACAAAACCUCUUGCUGUUCUCUCCUCACAGGCACCAGGAGCGCAGUGCUUAACACAGAAGCCCGCACUGUAGAAGCGGACGUCCUGAGCCGCCGCUGCGUCAUGAUGCGGCUGGUGGAUUUCUCCUAUGAGCAGUACCAGAAGGCUCUCCGCCAGUCAGCUGGUGCUGUGGUGAUCAUCUUGCCACGAUCUAUCUCUUCUGUCCCACAGGAUGUUGUAAGGCAAUUCAUGGAGAUAGAGCCAGAAAUGCUUGCUAUGGAAACCAUUGUGCCAGUCUACUUUGCAGUGGAAGAUGAAGAGCUGCUGUCUAUCUAUGAACAAACGCGGGCUGCUUCUGCAUCACAGGGUUCUGCGUCAGCUGCAGAAGUCCUGAUCCACACGGCAACUGCCAAUGGCUUCCAGAUGGUGACCAGCGGGGCUCAAAGCAAAGCUAUCAAUGACUGGCUCAUACCCAGUGUGGAGGGAAGGCUUACGGGGCUGGGUGGAGAAGACCUGCCCACUGUUGUGAUAGUUGCCCACUAUGAUUCUUUUGGAGUGGCUCCAUGGCUGUCACACGGUGCUGACUCCAAUGGCAGUGGUAUCUCAGUGCUACUGGAACUAGCCAGGCUGUUUUCUCGGCUCUACACCUACAGACGUACCCAUGCUGGGUAUAACUUGCUGUUCUUUGCAUCUGGAGGUGGCAAGUUUAAUUAUCAAGGAACGAAGCGGUGGCUGGAAGACAAUUUGGACCACACUGAUUCCAGCCUGCUGCAGGACAACGUAGCAUUUGUUCUCUGCCUUGAUACUCUGGGCCGAGGCAAUAGCCUUCAUCUUCAUGUCUCAAAGCCUCCCAAGGAGGGGACGUUGCAGCAUGCGUUUCUGAGAGAACUGGAAAUGGUUGUUGCCAGCCAGUUCCCAGAGGUGAAGUUUUCCAUGGUGCACAAGAAGAUAAACUUGGCUGAGGACAUGCUGGCAUGGGAGCAUGAGCGUUUUGCAAUCCGACGCUUGCCAGCAUUCACCAUCUCCCAUCUGGAGAGCCACCGGGACAGCCUGCGCAACAGCAUCAUGGAUAGGAGGGCACGAAUAGACACUAAGGCACUAACCAGGAAUACUAGGAUCAUUGCUGAGGCUUUGACAAGGGUCAUCUACAACCUAACAGACAAGGGAGCACCUGCAGAUCUGCAGAUUUUCACAGAUCAGAUGCAGAUCCAGCAGGAGCAACUAGAAUCAGUGAUGGACUGGCUGAGCAGUCAGCCCAGGGCUGCCCAGCUGAUUGAUAAAGACAGCACCUUCCUCAACACCUUAGAAUAUUAUAUGGGUCGCUACCUGAAGGAUGUCAAACAGCAUCAUGUAAAGGCAGACAAACGGGACCCUGAGUUUGUUUUCUAUGACCAGCUGAAACAGGUGAUGAAUGCAUACAGGGUCAAGCCAGCGAUCUUUGACCUGCUUCUGGCUGUCUGUAUUGCAGCCUACCUUGGUGUUGCCUAUGUUGCAGUGCAGCACUUUGGUCUCCUUUACAAGAUGAUACAGAGAUUAUCCCUUAAAACCAAGCAGCAGUGAAGCAACGAGUCAUCACCCAUACAGCAGCACUGAGCCAUCGGUGAGCCCAUCAGGAACCUUCUGCCUUCCAUUGAAUCCUGCUGUUUCUCUUCCUCUGUCUCCUCUUUGCUACUCUAUAGAGGGGAGGAAGGCAGAAAGAAAAUGAAAUUUUAACUCUUGUGCACCUUUUAAGUGCUUUUCUUCACCUUCUUCCCCUGACUUGCACCAUGUAUGUUUUCCUUUGCUUUUUGGCGAGGGAGAGGCUCAGAGACUUCAGUAGUCCCUGCAAGUUGUUUAAACACUGAACGGCUGAUUCUGAGUAGCUUCUAUGAGCAUAAAACCAAGUCCAGCACCUUCAUGGACACGUGUGCCAUACAGCGAACUUGGAAACUGAAACUACAGAGUAGAGUGACAUGUUAUCUCUGCCCAGCAAACAAGGACUCAGAGCAGUUGUUUAAAAGGAAAAAAAGUGCACAUGCAAAUUAAAGAGAAUACUAUUAGC